AUGGGCCUCGUCGCUGUGAUCGCAGAGGCGGCCAUGUUGGAUUUGCGCGGCUUUGGAGCCAUAAUCCUUCUUUGUUUCGUUGUUGUGCGUAUAAUUGUGCGUAGAUAUUGGACGCCGAUCGCAGAUAUUCCCGGCCCCAUUUUAGCUUCGUUCUCGGCAUCGUGGCAGGUUUACCAUCUUUGGAAGGGCCACAUUGAGGAAGAACUCAUUUCUCUCCAUAAGAAGCACGGGUAUUUUAUUCGGAUUGGAGAAAAUGAAGUCAGCGUCUCUCACCCCGACGCUGUCAAGCAGCUUCUCCACGCAAAUAUUACCAAGGGCUCAUGGUAUUCAAUAUUCAGCUUACCGGACUAUAACUACGUCAACCAGAUGUCUGAGCUGAACCCUCGCCGCCACAUCGAAAAAUAUCGCAACAUCGCUGCUGGCUUUGCCCUAUCUAACAUCAUAAUGUUCGAGUCGCACGUCGAUGCGGUCUUGCAAAAGCUCGAAGAACACCUGGAUGGGUUUUGCAAUUCCGGCGAAGCAGUGGAAUUCGACAAAUGGUUUAGUUUCUUCGCUUUUGACGUUUUGGGCGAAGUGACCUUUUCCAAGUCCUUUGGUUUCGUCGAGACUGGCACAGAUGUCAGAAAUGCCGUCGCAAAUACCAAGGCUUUGGCCUUAUACAUUGCGGCCAUGGGCCAUUAUGUCUGGUUCCACAACUUGACAUUAGGCAACCCACUGCUUAGCAGAAUCGGGAUUCAACCCUCAUCUCACAUUUUUGAUACUUGUCUUGCAGCCAUUGAUGCAAGGAAGAAAAAUACCGAAACAAGGAAUGACAUGAUGCAGCGCUGGUUGGAUGUUCGUGCUAAGUAUCCGGAUCGCAUGGCAGAAAAUGAACUCCUCGCUGCGGCUGUUGGUAACAUUGGUGCUGGUGCUGAUACUGUCGGGGCCACUGCCCAGGCGCUGAUCUAUUAUCUUCUACGUCACUCGGAGUAUCUUCAGCGGGUAAGAGAGGAAAUAGAUACGGCACAGGAACGAGGGGAACUUUCUCCCAUGGUUCAGUACAAUGAAGCCCAGAAGUUGCCGUUUCUUCAAGCUUGCCUCAAAGAGACAUAUAGGUACCAUUCGGCGGUUGUUGGUGGUCUUCCUCGAGUUGUACCAGCGGGCGGGAUGACCAUCGGUGGUAGAUAUUUCCCAGAAGGAAUCGUUCUCAGCAUUAAUACCUGGGUCUUCCAUCGAAAUCCCGAAAUAUUCGGUGAAGAUUGCGAUAGCUUCAAACCUGAUCGCUGGUUGCAGAAAGACACCACAAGGCUCGACUCAUUCUUGAUCCACUGGGGGGCAGGAUACAACCAAUGCCCUGGACGAAACCUUGCGCAAUUCGAACUCUUAAAACUUCUGACAACAUUGAUUCGGGACUACGAUAUUGAGCUAAUUGACCCUACUAAAGAAUGGGUGUUCAAGAGCCAGUUCCUAGCUGUUCCAUCUGGGUGGCCUUGCAAGAUUCGCCGACGAAUGGGCAAAUAG